UCAUCAGCGUAAAGAUAUAGACACACACACACACACACACAAAUAGAGAAAGCACAGCCGCAGCACAGAUCUAGACAAGCACAAAGAUUGGAUAAAACAAAAAAGAAACAUGCUGAUGCACGAGAAACUCAUGGCCGGGCAGUUCUUCGAUCUCAAGAAUGAUCGCAAGCCCCUGUUGCACCACCACCAGUUCCAGCACCAUCAACAGCAGCAUCCGCAGCAGCAGCAGCCCCAGCAGCACCAUCACCACCAGAGCCUGGGUCAGCCCCUGCACCACCACCAGGCCCAGCUGGGUCUGCCCCAUGCCCAGUCCCUGGCCGUGGGCCUGCCCAAAAUGGAUCUGUAUGCGGCCUAUGCCUACCAGCAGCAGUUGCUGGGAGCCGCUCUCAGCCAGCAGCAGCAGCAGCAGCGGGAGAGGGAGCAGCAGCAGCAGCAGCCAGCCCCCGCCGAGGUCCUAGAUCUCUCCCGCCGCUGCGACAGCGUGGAGACACCCAGGAAGACCCCCUCGCCCUACCAGACCAGCUACAGCUAUGGCAGUGGCUCGCCCUCGACCUCGCCCACCUCCAGCCUGGUUUACCUCCAGCAGCAGCAGCAGCAGCAACAGCAGCAGCAGCUGGCCUCCCUGUACCCCGGUUUCUACUACGGCAACAUCAAGCAGGAGCAGCAGCAGCAGCAACAGCAGCAGCAGCUUCUGGCCCCCAAAGAGCAGCCUGCUCCCUUGAAGGUCACACCCACGGCCAGCCUGCUGCAGACCUUUGCUGCCGCCGCCGCAGCAGCUGCCUCCAAUCCUCGCCCGGCCAGCAAUGCCAGCCAUGCCAGCACCAUGCAGAUCGAUGUCCUCGAGAAUCCCCAGUCGCCGCCCAGCUCUGCCGCAGCCUGUGUCCCAGCCACCACGCCAACUAGCUCCAGUUCCCAGCAGCCGGGUGGUGGUGAGCAGGGUAAGAGCACGCGUCCCUUCAAGGCCUUUCCCAGGGAUCCUCUGGUGAUUGCAGCCAACUUUGCGGCCACCGAUGUCCUGCUGGAUAAUCCCCGAGUGGAGCGCUACACCGAGUACCGCAAGCGAGUGCUGGAACAGAUUCGCAGCUCCAAUGGCGGGGCUCGAACGGUGACCAAUCCCAAGAUGAGGAGAACCAACUCACGCAGCGGCUCUGUCAACGAGGGCAGCUCCUCGAACAACAACAGCGAGAGCGAGGAUCGGGCAGCGGCCGAGGAGUCCAGCGAUUGCGAUUCCCAAGCAGGACACUUUGAGGGCAAGUCAUCAUCCACCAACUCCUCCUCCGCCUCAAAUGGUAAUGGCGUGACCACUUCCCUUGCUGGCCACUGCUCUGCCUCGUCAAACUCCUCUUCCUCCGGUGGCCUGGGCGUGGGUCAGGUGAAGGAUGCCGCCUACUAUGAGCGACGGCGCAAGAACAAUGCCGCCGCCAAGAAGUCCCGCGAUCGUCGCCGCAUCAAGGAGGACGAGAUUGCCAUUCGGGCAGCCUAUCUUGAGCGCCAGAACAUCGAGCUGCUCUGCCAGAUUGACGCUUUGAAGGCGCAACUGGCGGCCUUCACCGCCAAGGUGGCCUAGGAUAACCAGCACUAGCAUCCAGCAUCCAGCAUCCUUGGAGGCUGCCCAAUCCGGCUGCUCUUGUUGCGUUGAACGCGAAGAUUCGGCUUCGAUUCGGCUGCAAAAAUCUCAAAAUCUCUCUGCUAUUAUUUUAUAUAUAUUUUUUUUUUUGGGUCAGCUUAUCUGUGAAUACCGUGAAACUGAGCUGACCAGAGGACACUCGCAUCUAAGUACUCCAAGUUAUAUUUGUGAAAUGCUCUUGCCCACCUACCAGUUGACUAAUCCAUCGCAGCAUCGAUUAGCCGUAGCCUCUAGCCCUAGUUGUAGCCUCGGUCUCAGCACACAUAGACUUAAGGACAUUUUUUUGCCUAGACUUAAGUACAAAAUUACAAAAAUAAAAAUCUAACAAAAACAAAA